AUGUCCUCUCCUGAGGCCUUAAGUGUCUGCUCCUCAGUGUGGAUGCUCUCUGUGGUUGAGUCCUUCAGUGUGGAUGCUCUCUGUGGAAGUGAGACUUUGCCCCCUCGUCAUCCAUCUUGCUGCGGGCCCAUGAGGACAGCGGCUUGUGCCAAGGAGCAGAGCCAGCCUGCAGAAGCCUGGGUGAGCUCCCGCCUUUGUCCAAGGAUCUCCAAGGAACCUGGCAGCGGCCCGAGGGUGGGCUGCCGUCACUGCUCCAGCACCGGGGUGAUUGAUUGGGUCUCUGUCGGCAGACUCAGCUGGACAUCCUCACGGCCCCCUCUCAUCCAUCAGUUUAUCCAGACCUCAGGAAAGGCUUGCUUCCAGAUGGGACACAUUGUUCCUAUACACGUGGGGAGAAAAGGAGGGGUGAAGGAGGGGGACAGGGGGAGGAGCAUGGCCUCACCCCGACAGAGCCGGAUUCUCACGUCUGCCCAGACUGCGAUCUGGGGCUCCAAGGGAUUUGGCUGGUUUUGUGAAGAGCAGCUCCAUCCAGGGAAUUGGGACUAA